AUGAAGAGCAGAGUAAGACAGAAAAAGAAGGAGAAGUACAGGGGAGCCCGACAGAGGCAGUGGGGGAAGUGGGCUGCGGAGAUCCGAGACCCCAAGAGAGCAACCCGGGUGUGGCUUGGCACUUUCGAGACUGGGGAGGCGGCAGCUAGGGCUUAUGACAAGGCGGCCAUUGAGUUCCACGGAGCCAAAGCCAAGCUUAACUUCCCAUUACAUGUGAAAUCCUCACGCAUACCAUUCUCUACGAACCCUCAACCAGACCAAAUUCAAUCAGAAAUGGCCUCCUCUUCUUCUCAUUUUACCGGAGACCAAGAACACUCCAUCAUGGUCUCAGCUCUCAAGCACGUCAUCACCGGCCUUGAUAGUGAUGAUCCCAAUGGCACCCGGCUGCUACAAGCCCUCCAAUCUUCCCCAACUGUGACCAACUUAUUCUCGCCAAAUAAUGAAGAACAGAGUAAGACUGAGAAGAAGAAGGAGAAGUACAGGGGAGCCCGAAAGAGGCCGUGGGGGAAGUGGGCUGCGGAGAUCCGAGACCCCAAGAGAGCAAACCGAGUGUGGCUUGGCACGUUCGAGACUGGGGAGGCGGCAGCUCGGGCUUAUGACAAGGCGGCCAUUGAGUCGCACGGAGCCAAAGCCAAGCUUAACUUCCCAUUGUCAGAUUAUACAGAUGGACAAACCUCGGAACCACAACGAGAAAAUGAAGAGCUUAGAGCCAACUCGUUGGAGAAGAAGAGUGAGAGUGCAGAGACUAGUAAGGAAGAGAGUGAUGAUGGGUUUUGGAACAUGAUGGAAGAGGAAGGGCUUCUAGAGUGGACGACUAUGGAUUUUCCUCCACUAUAAUCAGUACUGUUUCGGAACCGGAUCGUAGUUUUUUAAUGGUUAACUUUUGUGAGUUUGAUUUCUUAAUUUUACAUGCAGG